AUGGGGUGGUGUGGGAUGGUAUGGGGUGGUGUGGGAUGGUAUGGGGUGGUGUGGGAUGGUAUGGGGUGGUGGAGGAUGGUAUGGGGUGGUGUGGGAUGGUAUGGGGUGGUGUGGGAUGGUAUGGGGUGGUGUGGGAUGGUAUGGGGUGGUGUGGGAUGGUAUGGGGUGAUGUGGGAUGGUAUGGGGUGUUGUGGGAAGGUAUGGUGUGGUAUUGGGCAUGAUUGGAUGGUAUGGGACCAAAUGGAGUAG